AACAUCGGAGGGAAAGCGAACAAAGAAGGCUGAGAAUUUUUUCUGGAAGAUAGUCGAAAACGAAGUCUAAUUGUGAGUAAACAAGAACAUUUAGUUUCUUUCACAUUUAUUGAAACUAGUAUUUGGAAUUUGGGCGAGUGAAGGCUAAUACUCAUCGCAGUUGAGAACAUUUUUGGACUCCAAAUUUACUCGGCCUAUGCAAAGAAACAAUGAAACGUGAAGUAAAAAGUGCUGUAGACUUUUUGUCUAAUAUUCUGAAAUCGGCAAACUUGGUAAGUGACCAACAAAUUGCCUCGUUUAACAGUACCCUUCAGAUGUUACUCACCAAUAAGUUUGAAAGCCAUUGGUUCCCAGAAAAACCAUGUAAAGGCAGUGGAUUCAGAUGUAUCAGAAUAAACCACAAUAUGGACCCUCUGAUCUUGCAAGCGGGUGUAUUUAGUGGCUUGAACGAAAUACAAAUGUGUUCUACACUGCCAAAGGAACUCACAAUGUGGGUUGAUCCUAAGGACGUGUCUUACAGAAUUGGUGAAAAUGGCAGCAUUGGGAUUUUAUAUGACGCAGAAAGUGAUAAUGAACUCCAGCAGCAAACUCAAGAAUCUAGCCAGUCCACUCAUCAACAACAAAGUGAAAUCGAUUCUAUCAACAAAAACUUUCAAUCGUGCAAGGAGCAGCUGAUGAGUGUGUCCAAAGAAAACAACAUCAACCAGCUCAAACAACUGGCAGCCUUUGUGUACAGUUAGAGUCUUUAUGUUACAGUUGAGAAGCCGAUGUCUUUCUUGGUCAUUUCAGAUCAUCCUCCGUCGCCUCAUCUGUAACAUUUCAACGGCCAUGACCUCAUUUGAUCACGGACUGCGAUAUUUGGGAACAAUAUUUUAUUUUUAAAAGAAAUUAUUCCAGUAUUAAAUUUCUAUGGAGAAAAUGUGGUUGUAGAAUAUUGUAGUGCUAGUUGAUACUUGUGAUUUUAAUGUUAUUGUGAUGAAAAAAAGAAGUUAGGAGGAAGUGUCAGGAGUACCAAGGAGCGGUUAUAUUAUUUUAUGUGAAUGGUAGGAAAUUAAGGCAAAAAUUUGAAUGAAAUAUUGUCCUUUAUUUCAAGUAUAAUUGUGAGAUGCAUGUUUGAAUUCAAAUCCUGCAACCAUAAGAUGGAAGACAGGGGUUAUAUUUAUGUGAACGGUUCUAAGUGCGCCCCUGUAGAUUCAGGGUAUGUCUUUCACUCAUCUCGCGUCCCAUAAUGAUCUCCAUGUUUUAAUAUUGUUGUAUGUAGAAUAUUCGUGUAUGUAUAAUUUGCAAUGUACAGUUAUGACCAAAGGGGCAUUUACAAAUGUUUUUGAUAUUUUUGCCUCUUUAUAGGUGCAUAAUUUCUAAGAAAAAUUAAAAGCCAGAAUAAAAAAUUCCAAUUUUAAAUGUUUAAA